UCAUGGGCGAUCUACCAAAUACCAGGGACAGUUCGUGAUGGGCAAACCCAAACUUUCCUUGCAGGUACCGGCUGAACACACCAUCCAACUCAACCCCGCAGAAGGCGCGCCAGACUCACUUCUUCAUGGACAACUGUCGUUCAGCAACGUACCACCACAAUGCAAUAUUCAAAUUACACUUGCAAGAGUUGGGCGACUAGAGCGAGGAAAAGAGACGACGAGUGGGACUGCCUCGAAGAUUCUCAUGAGUGAGCUUGGCUUCAUGGGAUCACAGAAAGAGCAGAAACGCCAUCAAUUCGAUUACGAGACUGCAGAGAAGCUUUGUGGAUGUUUGAUAAGCCCGCCACAGGGAGGAGCUGGAUCAAAAACUGUCAAGUGCUACUUCGAACUGCCGAUUCCUUCAUACCUUCCUGCAACGGCGGCGCUUCCAUCUGUCGAUAUCUCGUAUGCCAUUUUCGCAACAUGCGUCUUGCCAAACGGGAAGACUUCACAAACAAGCCAGGACUUGCGCGUUCUUCGCGAAAAUGCCGAGUCUAUACGCCUGGAUCCAUCGCGAACAGUGUCUUUCCCAGAGACUUCCUUCGCCGUUCGAGCUAGCUUCGAUCCGCCUGAUCUCGGUUCCAAGAAUAUUACCAUCCCAACCACACUGCAACUGAACGGCCUCAACCUGCCGCUCAUCAGCUCCAUGCGCAUCACUGAGACACGCUGGCUAGUCCCCCGUGAAAUAAAAUGGGAAUUUGAAGAGACCGCCAUCAUAAUCACCGGUUUUCCAGACGCUACAGGCCAUCUCCCAAUGUCAACUGCUGAACGCGUCCUCAAGAAGCGCAAACUCGCAACCGGAAAAGAGAAAUUGAAGCUGAAGUACCCCUUCACACGACCCGGAAACACAUACAUCCGCAUGCUCCCAGACAACACAGGCAUGGAAAUCUCCUUCAACGUCACAGCCCUCAAAGACAUCUCGCUUGGCGAUAGCACCGCGCUCUCCGUCGCAGGAGGACAUAUCAUGCACACCGUGCUCUCGUCCGAAGCACCCAUCGAUCCCAGCUUACCGCAGAAGAGGUUCGCGGUGUAUCUCGAGUACAAACUGCACGUCUGGCUGCGUAUCGGUGAGGAUGUAUUCGACGAAGCGUCUGGAGAUUUGGUGAACCGAAAGAUGGACGAGAUGGCGUACACUGUUUUGUGUCCGCUGACGACGCAACAGGCGAUGGAUGGCCAGCAUAAUGGCCAGGAUGAGGAGCCGGCGCCGAUGAUUCCACCAUGUUAUGACGGAGUGUGGGAACAACCUCCUCCCGAUUACAGUACUUACAGCUGAGCGCUCCACGGACCUGUCAAGGUUACCUGCCGACGCAUACAUUGCAACUCCACUGAAAAAGAGGCAGUGCAUGGGGCAAUCAGUCUUGACAGAUAUGAUCGAAGGUGAACCCAAUGCACAACUCUUGAAAGAUGGGAGUCAAUCCAUACUGAGGCACAUCCGCCACGGCAGUAAACUCCGAAGGUGCUGCCGGCGGCUGCUGAUCACGUGGAGCUGCGAGCGCAACACUCUGGAGGAGUGAAAGGAGAGGCCGGGUCAAGAUAGCAGACCAGACGAACUUGCCUUGCGCCGGACUGAGCACUAUAGCCGUCCGAGCGACGCAGGGGAAGUCGGUGACGUAGAAGACGAACACUACGGAGCUUAGACAGAAGGGAGUUGAGCAAGGAGAAUAGAAUUUAAUGCAAAGGAGACAUCGCUAAUGCCAAUCU